CGUUUCAAUUGGGGACUCUGGCUCUAUUGUCCAAUCUAUUGACGAUGCAGGGUGUAUAACAUCUACAUGUUAGGUCUGGAUUGAGCUGACGCGUGCUUGUUUUGGACAAUUAUGUGGAAGUCAAAGGUUAGAACUGAAUGAUCACUUUUACCUCGGGGUGGCAUUUAAUCGAGGUUCGUAACGUCAUCCUCAUAAUGGGUCGAUAUAAGAUCUAGUAAGGUUGAUUCGGCGUCCGGGUCGCACCUGGUCACUUCUGUCAUAUGAUGCACCAGGGAACAUAUGGUAACCGCACCAAUUAGUUCCUGCUCGAAAGAAUCAUCUGACAAUUCAGUUCGCAGAUUUUUACAGUCUACCAUGGGUGCAUUAAAGUCUCCUAGGAUUAGAUAUCGACUACUUUGUGACCAAGUGUUGAGACUGUUUAGCAGUAGACCAAGCCAAUCAGCACCUCUUGUCCUUUGCACUUCAAGCGGCAGCUAAUUGAUUCACAUGUCCCUUUCUCAUGGGAUACACUGUCGAUAAUGGUGAAUGGGAUAGCAUUCCUAAUGAAGAGAGCUACUCCCCGUUCUUUACGCUUCUGGAUUCUGUCGGCUCUUACUAAUGUAAAGCCCUCAAAUUCAAGUUCCACACUAUCUAUAGGUUGCGUCAGCCAGAUUUCUGUGACUACGAUUAUAUCUGGCUUGGUAACUUUUUAAGGUAUGGCUUCAGUUGUCUCUUUCCCAUUGAAAUUGUGAUUCGGUUUUGGGAGGAUAGUCCACUAGGAUCUUUUCGACUGGUAUUUGUGGUUACAGAUACCGGCUGACCAAUCAGUCGGGCUCAUUAUGCAAACAUAGUGUCAAACUCUGAACAUCUAAUCAACACUAAGCAACUAACGGUUCCAAACUCUUCAUUUAUAGUACGAAGUUGUUCCAGUGUGCAAUAAGCAGUGAAAGUGAUUGUCUUUGAAGUAUCACCGUCUUCAAAGACUGCGCAAUUUCUUUAAUGUUGACUUGUUUUUCAGUUUGCAUCAAUGCUGACAUCGUCUUCUUUCAAAGCUACCAGUUACAACAAACUGAUACAAAAUCCAUUCAAAGUUUUAUCAAGUAUUUUGGAUCUGACAUGUCUAAUUUGUUCGCUUUAUGCGCUGAAUUGAUACCAGCGACUCCUGAAGGCUUUCCAUAAAACUCAUAUCGUUUUGUGAACAAAAAUACUCGACUUGUCAUCUUCGUUGUCCCGAAGGAUUACCAGCUUUUUAAUUUCGCUUGCAUGACGCAUUCAUUCAGAUUACUGAUCUCUGUUUUGUUUAUAUUUACAUAUGGGUAACACGUACGUUUAUUUUCGUCCUCAUAUUCCAAAUGUUACUGUAAAGCAAAACUUUCUCCCGUUCUUCAUGUGACAAACUAAUGCUUUCAAGGACGUCAAAGGGUUGAAUAUCGUUUCUUUCAGCACCGGACAAUCUUCGCCUUGAGUAAUCAUUACACUCGAUUACUUUGGUUGAACCAACUACAUCAAAUUACGGUCAUUUUUGUGAUUUUCCACUUUUAUAGAGGUGUACAUGAUAUAAAUCAGACAUGGAAGAAGAUACGUACUUACCAGAAAACCAUCCAUUACAACAAUACUUUCGAGAAAUCGGAGUUCCGGAUGUUGCUACUUGCGAAAUCUCCAAAAGGCCUACUUUCAUCACCACUACUACCUUUCUGAUGAAAAAGUUUGCGCAUAUCUUAUCUUACUUCAAAUGCAUAAAUCCUUUUGAUUUUACAUUAUAUUUCGGCCUCGAUUUACCACUUACAAGGUAUCUUUUACUUCAGAUAAUUAGCCUAAUAAAGUACAGUGAUCUAAUUACUGUUGAGAAUAAACCAGUGGUUGAAUACAUAUACUCGGUGAGAAAUAACGACCAAGUCGACUCCAGAUGUUGUUUUGCGGUGUUUUCAAUUCUUUGUGGAUUCGGAUUGAGUUACUCUACUCAAAUGAUUUUUAUAUUCUUACUCGUUAUUUUAUGUUUACGGAUGUCCAAUGUACUAUUUUUAGUGGUAUCUAAAUAUCAUCUUGCAGACUCAUUGAAGCAAAUGAAAAAAUUCUCUCACAGAUCUCAUCUUAUCAUUCUUUUCUUACAAGAUCUCAAUACCCGCCGUUAUUUCGGUCCCAAAAUUGUAGAUAAAAAUACAUUUAAAAUUUUCCCACUAAUAUACCAUCAGGCGUACAACUUUAUGCGCGCUUACCUUAUAGGAUUGAUUGAUUUUUCUGUUAAAUUGGGAAGUAGGUCAGAAUAUGUUAUUGUUAUUGUUGUACUAUAUGAUUUUGUUUUAAUAGACUUAAUUGAUGAAAAUAAUUCUGAGAUACCAUUGGAGAUGUCAACUUCAGAACUGAUUCAAUUAAAAUGUGACAUAGAAGAAAAGCCUAAAGACCCAAGCAUCGAGAAUCUACGAAUGUUUUGUGAACUGUUAAAACUGUUAACAUCUGAUCUCUUAGUCAAAUUGUCAUUCUCGUUUUGCCAAUCAAGACGGGGUACUUUUCACCUAUUACGAUUGAUUAUGUCGGUAUGGAAAUGGGACUACUUUUUGACUAGAAUAAAGAAUGAAUUCAAUAAACUGAAUGAAUUGCAUUCAAUGAUUUUAAAUGGCAAGCUCAUACAUAAUGAUGCUCGAACUGCAAAAGAAUGUGUAUCUGGAGAAAAUGAAGUCAAAAAUCUCUAUAAACGAACAGAGGCUCGAAUAACUCACGAAUUAUUGUUGCAUCUUCUUGUUUCAUUGGAACAUGCCAACAAUUUGAAGUCCUAUGUUGAACAAAAUUGUAAUACGUCAUUUGUUUCGAAUGAAACCUUUUCCAAUUUAGUUAGUCUCAUACGUUGUCAAUUGAAUGCAUCCCUGAUUUUUUUGAAUGAAUUGGAUAAUGUUCAAACUGCAGACAGUGUUGAUAUUUCAAAAGAAAAUAUAGAAACUACUGUUGACUUCCUAUAUUGCCGAGAUGGGAUUUCAUCUAGUAAAGAUGUUCUGAAAGCUGUGGAUCCAAUUGUAGAGGAUGAUGUAUUAGAAGAUAUAGCUGUUGGAGACUCCUCUAGUCGUGAAUCUGAAGCGGAGUACGAAAAUGUUGAUUGCGUAAAUUCGCUAAAGAACCCAUCAUCAGGUAUGCAUGUUGCUGUACUGAAAGAACUUAAAAAUGUAAUAUCUCACCGUCGAGUGAUUAUGCAGGAGCGUGAGGAAUGUGCUUUAAAACGACGAUUGCAAAUAGAGUGUCCUGAUAACGAAAUGCUGAGUCUAUCCACUGACAGGGUCAGCCUCAGUUCUGAAAAGGAGCUUCAAACUCAGUUUGUAUUAUCCAAUUCACUUGAUACAAAUGAAAGCAACUUUGCUUCUAUGGAUGAUAAACUACUAGAAUUUUUCCCAACUCCUUUGUGUAAUUCAUCAUGCGAAUAUUUCAAAAAGUCCCGUACUGGACGUCGAAAUUUAAAAUGUAAUGUUUUAAAAAGAAAUUCAAUCUUUCUUCAGCUGUCACCUACUAAUGUACAUGAAAAUUAUAGAAUUUCAAAUUGUUCUGACCCAAUUGUAUUGAAAAAUGUUUCACAGUCAAAAAACGCACCAGAUAAUAAGUUUCUACAAUGUUCUGCACUAGCGAAUGCUUUAAUGAAUCAACGUAAAUUGUUGGGAUUAGUCACAGAGGAUUGUUUUACUGGAAUUGGUUCAGGUGAAAUGUGUGUUGAAAUGUCAGAAGAGAAUCAUACUGGCAUUUCAUAAUAAUCAAUGAGUUUUUCUUCACAAUUAUCAUUAUGUAGUAAUAGACAUUGUACAUUAUUCAUUUUGUUAUUUUUCUGUGUAACUAUUCUGACACUUGAGGGUACAGUCGCAUUGUAUUUUAUUAAAACUGAAAUAUACGUUUAGAUACGUGGUGUGAGUACGUAAUAGAGGCUAUUGAAUGCAUGUUCGAGGAUUCUAUGUUCUAAUUGGGUAAUAUAGAUUUUCACCCUUUGAAUUUCGUACGUAUUACCGAACGGAAAUCUGAUUUGUUUUGAAGUAUAUUCUUUGCUUCUUGAUUACAUUUGCAACGUUUAUGUCCUAACACGAUCAAGUGAAGUAACGGCAGAAUAAUUCUCCCG